AUGGCCAGUUAUGUAGGCUUUGCAAAUCUGCCUAAUCAAGUUCACCGCAAGUCAGUGAAGAAGGGAUUUGAGUUCACUUUAAUGGUUGUUGGUGAGUUCUCUGGGUUAUUCCUUUCAACAAAUGGCUUUAUAUUUAAUUAGCAUAGCUGUAAUGAUGACAUGUAUGAAUUAUUGGAACAUGUUAACAGUUAUAUAAUAUUACCAGCUUUAAAUGUAUANGUCUACAUAUGGUUUAAUGCGGAGAUGUCUGACUGGAGAUGUAAAAUUAUGAUGAUAAUGAUCCCCUUGCAACUCAGUAUCUGCAUUACUGUCUACAUAUGGUUUAAUGCGGAGAUGUCUGACUGGAGAUGUAAAAUUAUGAUGAUAAUGAUCCCCUUGCAACUCAGUAUCUGCAUUACUGUCUACAUAUGGUUUAAUGCGGAGAUGUCUGACUGGAGAUGUAAAAUUAUGAUGAUAAUGAUCCCCUUGCAACUCAGUAUCUGCAUUACUGUCUACAUAUGGUUUAAUGCGGAGAUGUCUGACUGGAGAUGUAAAAUUAUGAUGAUAAUGAUCCCCUUGCAACUCAGUAUCUGCAUUACUGAGGAGUUAUUUGCUAAAUAUCUGUAUUGUUAUCCUGACACUCAUGGCAAUCAAAUAACUUGUCAACUCUCACAGUCGAAGAUGUACUGCAAGUGAUACGUAGAUUGGGACAUGCAUUCAUAUGAUAUUUGUUGACAAUGUAGUGGUCUAUCUACUUCCUUGCCUUGAAAUUUUGAUCAAUAUUAUUAUUUGUCUAUUUUUGUUCAUUUCCCUUGUUGAUUUGGUAUUUGUUCUAUUUGCUUUGGUAGAAUUAAUGGACUGUUUUGUUAAAGUUCUCUUUUAAAUUACUGACACCUACAACACUAGUGGUUUGUGUAACAGGUUAUUUUUGUAAACGAGAAGCUGUAACUGUUUCUUCCUUUUUUAUUUCCCCACUACAGGUGAAUCAGGACUUGGAAAGUCUACUCUUGUCAACAGUUUGUUUCUGACUGAUCUUUAUACCGACAGGAAAAUACCUCGGGCUGCUGGUGAGAUCCUCAUGCAGAUCUAACAUCAAAAUCAGUGCUACAGUUAAUGUUCAUGUACAAUUUAACUUCUCAAUAAUUUUUCACAUUUACUAAUAUUAUAUAAUCAGAAAACAUUUCGUCAUCUUGUAAACUUUAGUAUUGAUGUGGCGAUGUUUAAAAAUUCAUCUCCAUGAAAAUGUAAAUCCCAAGAUAAGGAAAUUAAUGCAAAAAAUUAUGGGCCCACCAUGCAUGGACUCACACCAGUAUCCACCAUUUUGUGGAAAAUGGUCAGAUUUUUCAUAAUAAAUAUUUACUAUAUUUUUAAUAGUAGUAAAAAAAAAACUUUCCAGGUUGAAAUCUGGGAAAUGGUUUGGACAAAUGCUUCAUCCAAAGAGAAUGGAACUGGUCAAUAUCCUGUCUGAAUGACUCAGAAACCUAGGAAAUGGGACUUUAGGGAGUUAAAAUCCCACAAAUUUCUCGAGGGAGCAAUGCCACUGGACCCCCCUAGAAGCUUGCACCUCGUUUAGGAAACCAGUCAGUAUUUAUUCAAAUUUUUCCUAGAUCUGUGUCUGCACACUAACCUUUUCACCCUAUAUGAAUAACAAAUAUUAAAAAAAUUCACCUCUGUCAACAAAUGUCUGAAACAGGGGAUGAAUCAAAUGUAGAGAACUCCAUGCCAAUUUCUUGAUCAUUAUACAAUGAGUUCAGAUCUAUUAAAUUUAAUAAAAAAUGCAAAAGCUUUUCACCUGAGAGUUUAAAAGGUUUAUGGUGUUUUGUAGAUGGCGUGAAAAGGACAGUCAAGAUUGAAACUUCAACAGUUGAAAUAGAAGAACGAGGAGUAAAGCUACGCCUGACUGUUGUUGAUACCCCAGGAUAUGGUGAUGGUAUGGACAAUAAGGACAGGUUAGAAUUUUUUCUUUAAAUAUUAACACUAACUAUAUUCCUUUUAUUAUUAUUUUCUUCCUAUUAUCAGAGAAAAUGCCUUUCAAAAGAAAAAGAUGCUUAGAUUAAAACUUAACCUCGGAUUAGUGCUAAUCAGCCUUCAAACAACCGGGUCCAUGAGGUCAAAUCCAUGGCAACUCUGCUCUGGUCGGUAGACCAAUACUCAAGUACCCACUGAACAAUUUGGCCAGUGUCACAGUUAAUAUGAAAUUAAACUUUGACUGUCAGUUACUAAAUAAGAAGACAUCUAUUUGCCUUGUAAAAUAUCAUAACUAAAUGUCAACAUUAUUUUUGUUUGUAGUUUUCAACCAAUUUUGGAUUAUGUGAAUGAGCAGUUUGAGAGCUACCUCAGAGAUGAGUCAGGCCUCAAUCGGCGACACAUCAUUGACACCAGAGUACACUGCUGUUUUUACUUUGUAGCUCCAACUGGACAUGGGUAAAGUUUGUUUGGAUAUAUUAUUUUCCCACUUUCCCAGAGACUGAGAGGGUUUUACUUUAACAAAAAUUUUUCGUGCCAGCAUGUUUUCCUUUACCAAAUUGUAUAUCCAAAUCAAACUGGAAUUUAGAAAUGUUGAAUUUGGGUUUUUAGGACAAGGGAAAGUGUAAAAAUUAUGUAUAGCCAUAAAUUUUCUAUUUAUUUUGGUUGGUAGCACAGUUGGUGCUUGCUUCUAAUGUGCUCAUGAGAGGUUAGGUACAUGUGUAUGUUUAUUAAUCCAAGGGGAGGGUGCGGCAUACAUUGUAUUCAUUGAAUUUAAGGUGCUUAAUUUGCCUAAUCUGAAAACAAGGGGGAGCCUUUCCUUUUUUAAAGAAGAUACUAGCAUGAGAGAAGGCAUACAUGUACAAUUGAAGAGGGGGUGUUGCAUUUUUCAUUUGGUGUACAAAAGGGAACUUAUUUAUUGCUUAUCAGGGUGGAAAGAAAGUCAGUUUUACAGCUUGCCCAAAUGGGCAAGCUUUAGUUAGCCCAAAGGUCAUUUAAACAGUCCAGGAAAAUUUUUUAAUGAGCAGGAUUGAUUACAGUAACUUCUGUAAUUUGAAUUCCCCAAAUAACUUCACCCUCCUGUGGGGCAAGUUAACCCUUUAAGCCCCAAUAUCCACAUACAAAUUCUCCAAGCUGAUCUCUAUACAUUUCCUUUAAGAAUUAGUUAGGAGAAUUUGAUAAAAGAUCAAAGUAUUUUCUUUUAGGUGAUCAUUUUAUCAAUUCUCAUAACCUCAUCUCUUGAGAAAGUAUAGAUAUCGUUUGAGAAAAUUGCUGUUGGUCACUAUUGGGACUUAAAGAGUUAAAAACAGAAUCCUCUAGCCCAAUAGCAGAGUACAAUGUACACUGUGCUAGCCCUGGUCUAUCAGACACACCUUUCUGUGCAUGUUGAUUAUAUGUAACAAAAUUAUGUAUCAUUUUAGAUCUGCUUUUUUUAAUGGAGAUUUUGCUUCUAACCUAAUACUAGGGGUGAUUAAAAUAAUGAAGGGAAAGUGCUCAAUUACAGGCAUUUAACUUGAUAUUGCUCUUGCUGUUUGCAGACUAAAGCCUCUUGAUAUUGAGUUUAUGAAGCAGCUUCAUGAUAAGGUAAACAUUGUUCCUGUGAUUGGCAAGGCCGACACCCUCACGCCAGCUGAACUUCAACAUAUGAAAAGAAGGGUAAUAAUAUAUGUACCUUUGUUGUUAGUAAUAUUAACUUGAUGAUCUUGUAUUUAUAUUUGUUUUGAUUUACAAGUUGCUGUGCUGUUUAUUUAUGUACAUAUUUUUAAAAGCCUUCUUUCUUUGUUGUUUAGAUCAUGGAUGAAAUUGAUGAACAAGGAAUCAAGAUUUAUGAACUCCCUGAUUGUGAAAGCGACGAGGAUGAAGAUUAUGUGGAACAAACAAAACAGUUAAAGGUGAAAUAUUCAGUGUGGUGGUAAUAAAUAUGUUGCAUCAUGCUCCUUGUAUCAUGGGUAACACCUAGUAUCAGCCUGAAGUGAAAGAUUAUGUAUGAUUGCAAAACGUUGAGUGGUAAUUUUACUUUGAUUAAUGCGAGUUUAUUUCAUGUUUAUUGUAUUUACAUGAUAUUUUCAGGCGGGUAUGCCAUUUGCUGUUGUAGGAAGUAACACCCUCAUAGAAAUAUGUGGGAAGAAAGUCAGAGGUCGACUGUAUCCCUGGGGAGUGGUAGAAGGUAAGAUAUUUUAAAUGAAGGAAAUAAAGUCAACCCUCUCUACAACUGCUACUGUGGGGGAUAGGGGUUAGUGGAAGUUGUAAAGAGAUGGCUGUUAUGGUAUGGUUGAAAUUAGAUGACCACAUUUUUUUUUGGAAAGGGAAGAACACUUCUAUUUUGUAAAAUGCUUAUUGUAGCAUGUUAAAACGGAAAACUCAACUGGCCAAAUGUUCAAAACAAUUUAAGCAAGCAUAUAGGUACACUGAGUAAAAAAAAACUGCUUUUUAAAAUGUGGCUAAUGUUGGAUGCUGUAAUGGAAAGAAAACAACAUUAUCGUUGGGGACGUAAAGAUUUUAAAAUCGGAACCAUAAGAAAGCUGAUCGCCUUGUUGUACAUAUUGUGGUUAUGGGUUUGCGGUGUCGCAAAUUAGUGCAUAACAGUGCAGAAAAGCAAAGACCUGUAUUGGGAAUGGUAUAAUGUAAAUAGAGUACCGAAGUGAUGACGUCAUAAAAAUGAAAUUUGUGAAAUUAUGGGAUUUGUUAAGAUAUUCUGAAAGAACAACGUCCAAGACGCCUACUCGCCAAAAAUUAGCAAUUCGGGGCAAAUUGUCUCUGAGAUAUUAGCCCAGUUAUGCUGUGACGAUUCCAUACAAAUCCUUCUAAAUUUGGCUUGGUUCAUAAGAUUAGGAACCAGGUAAGAUUUAGAAGGAUUUGUAUGGAGUCAUCGGAGCAUAACUGGGCUAAUAUCUCAGAGACAAUCUGCCCCAAAUUGCUAAUUUUUGGCGAGUAGGCGUCUUGGACGUUGUUCUUUCAGAAUAUCUUAACAAAUCCCAUAAUUUCACAAAUUUCAUUUUCUAUGACGUCACACUUCGGUACUCUAUUGUGCUGUGUGAAUUUCUACUGUACAUUUGACUUAACACAAUAUUUUCCUAUCCUUACUAUGUCUUUUCAGUUGAAAACCCAAAGCACUGUGACUUUGUGAAGUUGCGCACUAUGCUUAUGUAAGUUUCUGUUUGUCAAAUCAGUCAGUUAUGAAGCACGUUAUAAGUACCGUAAAUGACCUAAUAAACGCCCAUUUCCAAAUAAACGCCUCUUAUCUAAUAAACGCCCCCCUCUACGCUUUUAAAAUUGUAUUAGACGCCCCUGCCUAGUAAACGCCCCCUGUCUAAUAGACGCCCCCUCUGAGAAUUACUCCAAAAUACUAGAAAUGAGCAAAAACGUGCAAAAUCAUUCAAUUCCUUCAGUUUUUUUGCUUGAUUAACAAGGCUUUACGUAUUUCAUCUUGCUCAAUGUCAAGUUCAAAUUAAGUAUAUACUAACGAUGUCAACACGAUAACCCUGCUUGGAACAUGGCAAUUAAAUUAAUAAAGGAUUUUCAGCUCUUAUCCAUGGUUACUAGGUUUAAGUAAACACAUCAUUUUUGGAUAUUGAACUCGUAAGAAAAUACCGAAUAAGUUUCACGUUUACGGCAAACAGCAUACGUCAGAUUUAAAUUGAGAAUUUCUCAGAAUAGAAAAUAAGCAGUCUCCCCUCGUUUUCCCCGCGUACAAUGUAACUCGCUCCCCACCAUCUGAACUCCUCGCUCUACUUUCUGAACGCCUGGAACAGGCUAUUCGUUGGGUGCCCCUGAUGCUUUCCUGAAAUGCGAGAAAAGUUACAAACAAAAGUUACUCUGAAGAUGACUACCGCACAGGUUGUCGAAACGUCAGUCACUGUCAACAACAACAGUCCUAUUCAGGACUACGUUCACCCGAACGAUCAAACUCAACCAACUUUUGAAAUGACUCCUGGGUUUCAAACCUUUCACCAAAGUUAUAAUGCCGAAAGAGAAAAAACGCACACAUUUCUAUAUACCGUACUUGCGGCUUCGGUAUGAUAGUGUCCAUACAAAAUUGCUUCUUCUUCUUUUUCUGAUUCACUGCAGCACUCAUAUGCAGGAUCUGAAGGAAGUGACCCAGGAGGUACAUUAUGAAAACUUCCGGGCGGCCCAGCUGGCAAAUGAAAAUUCUGAGGAUUUGAUUGACGCUUCUGCGGUGAAUGGAACGAGGUACGCACCAGAGAAAACACACGAAUUCUAUGUCAGGUAUCCGGUCACCUCGGCACCAAACCACCCUGCCAGCUAAUGAAAUUGCCUCCAAGAAUAGAACUUAGUUUUAUUAUCUUAAAAAGUCUCAUUAGUAUACGAAACAAAUGAAAAGGACUUUGGUCAAAGUUUCAGACGCCGAACCUAUUACUGGUGUAUUUCAGAGUUAUUUGUUGGUGGUGAGUCAACUUCCUGGUGGCGAGAUGACCGUACAUGUAAACCCGGCUAUGUCAUGGAAGAUAUUAUUCAUCGUGGUAUAUUUAUGGGUUUCGUUUAUCGUUGGUCUUACGAAAGUCGCUUAGAUAUUGAUCGUGGCGUUUCAACAGCGUACUGCAGGUCUUCAUUAGGUAAUAUUAGGGCCAUUUUUAAGAGGAAAAAUAAGACGCGUCUUACAUAAGACGCGAACUUUUCGUAUAAACGGCACAUUUCGUCUAAAAUAAGACGCGGCUUAGCUAAGACGCGUCUUAUUAGAUAAGACAUGCUCGUAUAAAUGGUACAGUUCGCGUCUUAUUUAAGACGCGUCUUAUGUAAGACGCGUCUUAUUUUUCCUCGUAUAAAUGGCCCUAAUGUCGAAUUACUGAGUGGGACUAUUAGUACAACCGUGGUUGUUAGUGACUGGUGUAUCACGAACCUCGCUUGCAUACGAAUUCUAUCAACACCUGGAUUGUGGUUCUUUACUGAUGUGUAUCUUUCUUUUUCUAAGAACUCGCCCAGUCCAGAAGGUGAUGACGGAUAAAGAUCGCGCAUUAAUGGAAAAGGAGGAAGAGGUUAGUGUGAUGCGUAAAUAACAACACCCUGAUUGUGUACAUGUGCUACCAAAUUAAAUUAAAUUCUCCGCUCCAAAAAUCUGGGAGACUGUACCGCCUGGUCUCAAGUGUCUGCCAUAUCAUAAGUUUAAGAAAGAAUGGAAGUCCUGUCUUCUAACCAACCAAAUCUGACCUUGCUUAUAUGUUCUAUCACUGAUAUUAUUUGAGAUUUUAUUCCUCUCUUUACUGCUGCCAAUUAUUUCAACAUGACGGUGUCCAACAAGAAAGCUCUUGCUACUUUGGACACCGUACACAAAUGAACUUAAUGUCUUUUAGUUAAUUAUUAUUUGUCAGCUACUUUAUUUUCCUACUACGUACACUUAUGUAAAUAUCCUAUACAGUGUGAAUAAGGAAUUGAAUUGAAUUGAAUUGUAGUAAUACAUCUGCAGCAAUCUUGUUCCCAGAGGCUGUGUUCUUGUUGGUCAGCCUCAAGGAACUUCGUUUAAAUAAUGAACCAACUGAGGAGUAAGUGCCGCCUUUUGGUUUCUCAGAUAAGAACCAUAAGUCCUGUCUCACAAUCCUUGCUCACACACUGUACAGAAAUAAACUAGAGUAUGGGACGCCUUAGUCUCCGUUGUCGUGGUCUAUCUCUGCUAGCAUUUGGUCGCCUCGGCUGGGUUAAGCUUGAAGGGCUUCUGAGCGAAUGCCACAACAACAUACAUACAGCCAAACAGAGGUCAGGCUAUUUGCUGGGUGCUGGAAUCCUUACUCAGAACGCAGAAAUUAGGUGGAAAAUGGGAAACUUGCGAGCAGGAUGCCUUUAAUCGGUCACCCCUUCUGAGGGAUUUUUAAAAGCUGGUACUAGCCCACGAAAGAGUGCAUUGUGUUUGAAACGGCCUUAUUAAGAGCACUGUUAUCGAACUAGCCGGGAAAAGUCAAAUUAAAAUACGUUGAAUUAAGUUUUAAAGAAGGAUUUUUAAUAUUUUAAAUAAACAGAUUAUGAAAUUUAAAACCGAAUUGUUUGUUUUCCUGGAGAUCGCUACAAGUACAUUGAAUUUAGCUAUCUUUGGUCGCUAGUCGCAUUAAUCUCUGUCAACGCGGGCAGCAAUUGCGUGAGGGAUACAAUUGAAAAUACCUGGUAGUGGAAUCUGAAACUGCAGCUGUGUAAAUAUUUUGUUUUAUCUACAGCUUCGUCGUAUGCAAGAAAUGAUUGCUCAGAUGCAAGCACAGAUGAAGAGUCAAAGCUAG